AAACACGGCCUUAAAUCUCCUCCGCCUAAAACCUCAAUCAAAUAAAAACCUUUUCCUAUUCAUUUCCUCUCCCGUUUUCAAUCGCCAUGGGACGUAGAAAAGGCAGAAACCGGAGGCCUAGGGUUAAGAGCAAAAUUCCGGCGCCGGCGGUGGUCGCUUCAUCCUCAGCCCCUCCGCCGCCAUGGAUCGAACUUCCGAGAGAUAUAACCGCCAAUAUUUUGCAGAGGCUGGGGCCAGACGCGAUACUUAGCAGCGCGCAGCAAGUGUGUAGUACGUGGUGGAAGGUUUGCAAGGAUCCCGCCUUGUGGCGAGUGAUCGAUUUCUCAAAAACUAUGCUGAUCGAUUGGUACACCGUGUACAAUAUGUGCCGCCGGGCAGUGGAUCGUAGCCAGGGACAAUUGGUCGACCUCACAAUUCAGAACUACUGCGACGACGAACUCAUUGAGUAUAUUGCUGAUCGGUCACAAAAUCUCAAACGCCUUAAACUUGGAUCUUUUCAUGAGAUCUCAAUAGAUGCUGUGAUUAAAGCGGUAGCAAAACUUCAACAGUUAGAAGAAUUGCACCUUACUGGUAAACCAUGGAUUGUUCCUGCCCACAUUGAAGCUAUAGGAAAUUCUUGCCCAAAGUUGAUAUCAUUCUCAUACAAUGGGCAUGGAACAGAGCAUCCUUUUCCACUAGGAUUGGAAGAUGAUGGUGAUGAUGAUGAUUAUGAUGAUGAUGAUGAAUUUAGUAAAGGAUUCGGUCGGAAUGAUUAUGCUCUCGCAAUCGUCAAAAGCAUGCCUAAUCUUAAGCAUCUUCAACUUUGUGCACAUUGUAUGCAAAAUGAAGGACUUGAAGCCAUCCUUAAUGGCUUUCCACGCCUCGAAUCACUUGACAUCAGGCGAUGCCUUGGUCUCGAGCUUGGAGGGGAUUUGGGGGAAAGAUGCCGUCAGCAGAUAAAAGAUCUUAGACUCCCAAAUGACUCCGUCAGUACUAUGUCGUGGCUUGAAUGGGAUGGCAGAGACUCGUUUGGUAACGGCAUAGUUGUUAGCGAUUAUGACUAUGACGAAGAUUAUGAAGAUUAUGGAGAUUAUGAGUAUUACGACGACUACUUCUCUCCUCUUGGUUAUGGUUUCUUCAAUGACGACGGGCUUGGGUUUUUCGAACUCGACCAUUUCUGAGUAUGGCAGAUGGUUUGCUGGAUAAGUUGAUUUCAAGUGAUUAUAUCAGCAUGUUAGAGCUUUCAUUUUAUCAAUAGACCCUUUUAUCUUUUAUUAGCAAGCUUAUGACUCUGCCUUCAUUUUGACUAUUCUUGCUUUUGUUGUUCAUUUUAGAUGGCUUUGUAUCAACCUCUUUCUACUACC